CCGAUCCCUACGUCCCCGCCCGCAACAUCCUGAUUUUACGGAUAUAGAUUCCAUCGUGUUGAUGAGUUGGUUUAUCCCGCUAAAUCCUCUUCUCCAACGCACAAUCAUUUCUUUCCAUCUUCCUAUUCGUGUUGCCCCCACAGCCUCCUCCGCCCUGCGAUACGGCCUUCACGCGAGCUAUGCGUGCCGCCAUACUCCCCUGCCGCCCCCAUGCUUGCCACAUGCCGCCGCAAUGCGAGCUCCCGCCGUCGCGCGUGCCCCGCGUCCUACAGGCCUAGGCUACCUCCUAUCAUGGAUCCCCAGGCUGGGGCAUCCUAUCCUCUGGUGCCUGAGGGGACAGACGCCUGAAGGACGUAAGUCCUCGGAGCCGCCCUCGGCGGCGUGCGUAGCUGGUGGUCAACGAGGACACCGUGCACCUCUCAAUCCCCUCAUGUUAUUCCUCGCGCUGCCACGCUUCGCUCAUGGCCGCCGUCGCCGCUGCCUCGACGACGUUGACGCCCUUCGCCGGUCAAGCUUCUGUACGCCGCCGCCACCUAAUCCGUGGACGCCGCCUCUUCGUGCAGGCACGGAUCUAGCCACCUCGCACGGACUCCAUCUGCUCGCGCCUGCACUAUGGUGGCGCUGGCCUGCAUGCUAUUGCGGCAGUCUGGUCAGCGCACCUAUGUGCAUCCUGAGGGCUACAUUUACUAGCAGCGGCGUUCUUUGGCACUGGCCGUCGGUUCCGUCGCGGUGCAACGCAUCCGCAUCCCGGCAGUAUGUUGUGACCGCGGCCUUGUGCGUCCCGCUCCAGCUUCCCCGCAAACCUCAACCAAGCCUGGUCUGGCUUGACGCAUAGCCUGCAGCGGCGCAGCCUGCACACGGCGACGGAAGCGACGGCAAACCCGCAGCAGCCGGCAGUGGUUGCCUCCGGUGGGCGGCGCACGGUCCUCCUGGUCAGCGUUGCAGUCAGCAAGCGAGCCUGCAAAGUGGCGUGGUGGAGCAGUCCUCCUGAUCAUUGUGUUUUCCCUUUCUAAUAGUUCUGCAUGAAAAGUAUUGAUUUAUCUCAAAUUCAGAAUUUCUAGGUAAAUUUGGAAUCAUGUAGAUUGGCAUUAUUCAGGUUUGUCAUAUACUACUUUCAGUAAAUCUUGUUGAGCACUAAGAUUUUGUUUGUAACCAUGAUCAUUUGAGAUUCUCAUUACAUUGUUUGACGCCAUCCUCAUGGAUAUGAGUGGAAGAAGGAUUCUUCUAACGGUAUAAGAUGAAACAUUGCCGAAAUCAUGCAUACAAAGACGAAGUAUUAAGUAUGAUUUAGUUUUGAGAAUCGUUCAGGUCUACAUAUCUGGAACAUUCCCGAGCUUCCUUUUGACAUGAAUAUUAUUCUACCUAUAGGUAACAAUAUAUUUCUGAACCGUAGUGAUAGAAAAAUGAUGAUCAUGGGAGACUAGCAGGCUAUCAUAAGUUAAUGUUAAGAAGAAAAACAGUGGCAAGGAAAACUUAUUCUCUUUGUUGUUUGUGUAUGUAACCUGAAUGCUAAAUGAUAUUUUUGGCGCAGGGUCUAUUCUCAUAAUAUGUUCCCUCAUUGGCCCUUUUCGACAUCAUGGUAAGGAGUUUGUCACUCAUAUAUCUGCAUUGUAUUAUGUGUUUUAGGGCCAUUGUAUUUUCUUGUAGUAUGGUUCUAAUGAUUUCUGAAAAUAUAUCUUCUUAAUGUUAGAUCCACUUGGAGUAUGGUUCCAAUGAGUUUCGAAAUCAUUAUCUUCUGAAUGUUGAUCAACUAUCCGAUCUGAUGAAGAUUUUCACUUUUUGCAACCAGGAUCGAUGGGUACAAUUUAUUGUGUACUAGCAUAUCCUUUUUAUAUGUAUAUUUUCAAAAUCAGUGGGGGUUUUGGAUAGCUUUUUUUUGCAGAAUGCUAAAACUGAAGAUCAAGAUAAACCUUGUGUCCAUACUCUGCAAUCAUACAACACUAUGGUGGACAUGCAUUCUGCUUGGACGUGAUCUAAGUUAGAACCUAGCAACGUUAUCUUUUUCGGGCUGUAGGAAUUGAAUUACGGCUCCAGUUUUCUCGGUCAUUUAUAUCUUAAUGUAGCACUGGAUCCUUUGUUGUGACUGUUGACUUGCUUCUCUGGCUCAAUGUGUAUUUGACUUCUUGUAUGACCACGUGAGCCGAUGUGUGCUUCUAUUUUUGUAUAUUUACCCAUGUUUAGUCAGUUGAAUUCAUGUAUGCGUGAUGCUUUCCUGGCAACUUUUUUCAAGAAAAAUAUUCUUUGCAGGCA